AUGAGCCACCAGGACGAGCAGCCGCAACGCCAGGUCGACCAUGCCAACGAUACCAUCGAGAUCGAAGACCCCGUCGAGCGCAUCACUGUAAAGACAAAGGGAACCAACACGACGCCUGAACCGUCCACGCCGAGUUCGAGUAUCAAUGGCAGGCUCCAUGGCACGCCCGAAUGUAUUGAUGAUGGGGGUGUCGUACACGACUAUGAAGAAAGAGAAGGCGCAAAGAAGGGCAAAUUUGCCUACCUGCGGACAAGAGAUUUCUGGAUUGUGCUUCUGCUCACACAAAUCAUCGCUCUGGCUCAGACCGGAACAAAUACCUUGACAUCUCUGAUCAACGCUCGAGGCACCAGUAUCCCAGCAUUCCAGACCUUCUUCAACUAUGUUUUGCUGAAUGUUGUAUACACUUCUUUCACCAUCUACAAGUACGGCUUUGCCAGAUGGGCCAAGAUGGUCUUGAAAGAUGGCUGGCGAUUCUUCAUACUGGCUUUCUUGGAUGUUGAGGGCAAUUACUUCAUCGUGCUCGCAUACAAAUACACCAAUCUCCUGUCUGCCCAACUCUUCAGCUUCUGGACAGUCAUCGUCGUCGUCGUGAUAUCGUUGGUCGUUCUCAAGGUGCGCUACCACCUUGCGCAGUACGGAGGCAUCGUACUUGCAUGCGGAGGAUUCGCCUUGUUGAUUGCCAGUGAUUACAUCACAAAGUCCAACAACUACGCUCCGGCAAACGCGCUCAAGGGAGAUCUGUUCUGUCUACUUGCUCAGACUCUCUAUGCUUUCUCCAACACUUUCGAGGAGUUCCUCGUUUCCAAAAGACCCAUGUACGAAGUCAUCGGACAACUGGCAUUCUGGGGCAUGUUCAUCAACGGCGUGCAAGCCGCCAUUUUCGAUCGCAAGUCCAUUCAAGAAGCAACAUGGGACGGACAGAUCAUCGGAUACAUCGUCGGUUACACCCUGCUGCUGUUCAUCUUCUAUACCUUGGCACCAAUCGUUUUCCGCAUGAGCAGUGCCGCGUUCUUCAACAUCGGUCUAUUGACAGGCACCUUCUGGGGAAUCGUCGUUGGUACCCAAGUCCUCGGAUAUCACAUCCACUAUCUCUACCCCAUCGCUUUCGUUCUCAUCAUUCUUGGACACUUCGUCUACUACGGUACAGAAGGUGUACUGGGCGAGGCAAAGAAGCCAUGGCUGGGAGAAAACCAGGAGCUUGGCGAAAGUGGUCUCGGAACAGCUAGGCGUAGAGCUGAGCAUCCGAAUGCGAUUGUUUGA